AUGACCGACGCGUCCGUCCAGCAAGUGACACCACCCGCCAAAAGCUGCAGCGACAAGAUCACCGGCGUGCUCAUCAAACACUGGACGGUGCCCGACAAACACCGCAGUGAUGAGCAGGACGCGGCCGAGAAGUAUCUCCUCACCGCGUAUAUCUUCGGCAAGUACAUGACGUUGCCGUCGAUCAAAUUCAACCGCUGGUACCUCUUUUUCGCGAGUUUCAUGGUGCAGUUCUGCAUUGGUUCGCUCUACUCGUGGUCGGUGCUCAACAACCCAAUCGACCUGCUUAUCUACGGCGACAAAACGAAAGGUAUGGCUGUCAACGCCUUCUACAUCGCCGUCGGUGUCUUCGGCACUUCGACCGCCAUCAUGGGUCCGUGGAUCGAGCGCAACGGUCCACGCGCCGGUGUGGUGCUCGGUGCGACGUCGUUCUUCAUCGGUUGUGUCAUCAGUUGUAUCUCGCUACACGCCGAGUCAAUCGUAGGGCUCUACUUCGGGUACGGGUUGUUCUGUGGCUUCGGUAGUGGCUUGUGCUACAUUUCGCCGGUAUCGGCACUUCAAAAGUGGUUCCCGGACUACCGUGGCGCCGCUGCCGGUUUCGCUGUCGGUGGCUACGGUGCCGGUUCGGUAGUCUGGGGCAAAGCCUACCUUCCGAUUAUCGACGCUACUAGCGUACCCGACCUAUUCAUCGUCAUUGGAUGCGUCAUGGCAUUCAUUCUUUUCUGCUGCGCUGUAUGCCUACGUAACCCUCACUUUGACUUCCACGUGGGCGGCUUGAACAUGCACGGCGAGGCUGUUCGUGAGGCUCAGGAAUCGUUCCAGCGCGGCGAGAAACUAAGCGUCAUGUCGUCGCAUGAGUACGAGUCCAUUAUGACACCCACAGCCCGUGACGUGGCAGCGAUGGUUGAGCCGACCGCACAAAACACCAGCUCACAAGUGAAGAAGAUGACGUUGAUCCAGGCCAUCACGUCGCCCGACUUUGUCUUCCUGUAUAUUAUGUUCUUCGGCAACCAACUCUACGGCCUUAUCGUGCUGUCCAAGCUGUCGACUAUGUGCACUACGCUCUUCGGUAAGACCGCCGAACAGGGCGCUGACAUCGUCUCCAUCAACGGCGUAUUUAACUGCGUGGGGCGUCUGCUGUUCCCGCUCAUUUCGGAUGUGAUCGUGCGCAAAUUCAACGUUGAGCAUGCGUUCGCCCGCAAGAGCCUCUUCUACUACGGUCUGGUCUCGCAGAUCACUAUUAUUGCUAUUUUCCCCACGUUAAUCCGUGACGAGAGCUACACGGCGUUUGUCGUGCUGGUGUUCCUGCUGACGCUGUCGUACGGCGGCGGCUUCGGCACGAUCCCGUGCUUCUUGACAGACAUGUUCGGCGCGUUUAACAUUGGCGCCAUGCACGGCUUUAUCUUGACGGCGUGGUCUCUAGGUGGUGUGGCCGGUGGCUUGACCUUCAACGCCAAAUACAACGAGGCUAUUAAGAGCGGUAGCACACCGGUAGACGCGUACGUGGACAGCAUCUAUAAGAUUCUGAUCGUGGUGUGCGUCACGGGUAUCUUCAUCUUCAUGGUGCGCACGAACCCGCGCGACCGCUUCGAGAAGGGCUACCACUACAGUUUGUUCGGCAAGCGUGUGAUCAGUAUCAAGCCCAAGGACACGACAGACAAUAAGGAGGGUUUGUUGCAGAGCGAGGUGUAA